AGCUACUUUACCGCCGACUUCUCUAUUCGACCAAGAAAUCUCCCUCCACCUCGAGCUGGUCUGUCGUGUAAUUCAGAUGGGCUUCCAUAUCCAAAUAUGGUAAUUGAAGUAGGUUAUCGUGAGUCGCCCCGAAGCUUACAUGGACUGGCGCCAUUUUACCUGUCUCCGCGUACAACAAUCAUGAUUUAUCUAGCUAUAAAGAUAUAUCCUGUUCGCACUCACUAUCCCGGUCGUAAGCCGAUGGUCGCAAUGCUAUAUCAAAGGUCAGGUCAAACUCCUAACAUCCCGACUAGAAUGAUUUCAUUUGGGAAUGCACCACUUGAUAACAGAGUAGUAAAUUACUUUCUUGGUAUUGGCGUUAAUGUCACUGGUGUUGGGAUACUUGGUGCACCCCCUUGUAAUACCCCUAACAUUCCAACAUAUCAGUUACAAAUCCCUGCAGCUGAGAUCUUUAAUCGUACUCCAUUUAUCCUCCCUACUAUUAAUUUCGAUUUGAUUUGUGGGAAAUCCAAGACAGAGUACUUAGACCUUAGGAUAAAUAAGUAAACGGGAAAAUAUUUCUCCAACAACUAUGCAACAAAAGUAAUGUGCAUUAUUCAAGAAAUUACUUAUCCAGAAGUUAUAUUCAAAGAAUUCGUUUAAUAUAACCUCAUUAUUUCUCAAAAUUCUGAAUUGUAUUAAAUUUUAAGAAUAAAUAAAAAUAGAGCUAUUUUUGCAUUAAAAAUUUCUUCAGAUCUUAAUGUUAAGAUGUCGAUCAGGUUAUA